AUGAUUAGCAUCUCCUGUCGCGAGGCAGACGAGUACUGGUCGCUGCACCCGGAGCUGCAGGACAUCCCCAUCUACUACGCGUCCUCGCUGGCCAAGAAGUGCAUGGCGGUCUACCAGACGUACGUGAACGCGAUGAACGACCGCAUCCGCCGACAGAUCGCCGUCAACAACCCCUUCAUCUUCCGCCACAUCUCCAACCUCAAGGUGGGUCCGUUCAACAGCCCGCCGCUGGACCUCCUACCUCGAGGUGGCUCCAUUGAACAACCCACCACUGGAUCUCCGACCUCGAGGUGGGUCCGC